AUGGAAGAGCUUGUUGGUCAGGAGUCUACCAGGCGGCUCAAGGAGAAUAACCAGAGGCUGGCAGUAGACAACGCGUGGCACGCUUUGGAGGGGAAAGGCCAGUUGGCAAGCGAGGUUGCAUCGGUCGUGUCGAGCAGUGUACUGCAGCAGUGCUGUCCGGCUUGUCUGUUGGAGGACGAGAAGCGGCACGAAAUUGUGGCCGCCAUGCGAGAGAAAGUGGCAUUGAUAGGUGCAGAGCGCGAGGGCGAGCCUUCCUCACAGGUUGAGGGCUGUUGUCGGGAGUGGAUGAAAGCGGGUCACGCUGACGUGCCUUCCUUGGUCAGCUCUCUAGGCCAAGCCUGUCGUGAUGUGGUUACCUGUGACGAUCGGGUGUGUGAAGGGCUCAAGAGCAUCAUGAAGGAGCGCGAUGCACUGAGAGAGCUGACAAGGAACUUGCGAAAUGAGAUACAAGACCUCAGAGGAGGCUUGAGAGUUUUCUGCCGAAUUCGGCCGCCCAGAACAGGGCAAAAAGAGGAGUCACUCGAAUUGUUGGAGCUGGACGUGAGCACAUGUGGGACCCGCAUCGUCGUGCCUGAUAGUCGGAGGACUGAGUACAACUUUGAUUUUGUAUUCCCUCCCAGCUCCACACAGGAGGACGUUUUCGCUGAGGUGUCACCCGUGAUGGAGGCGCUCACUUCGAACAUCCAAGCCCAGCUGGCUGAUGGGACGACGUCCCCGUUGCGGCAGCAGAACAGGAUGAGAGGCGGCUGCACCAACCUCUGCAUCUUCGCCUACGGCCAGACUGGUACAGGUAAGACUCACACUCUGGAAGGGGGAACGACAGAAGCGGAUCGAGGGCUGAUUCCACGUGCUUUGGAACUCCUAUUUGCUGAAGUUGAUCGGCUCAACAACUCGAUGAAGAGAGCUACUGCUGAUAGAAGACUGUCUAUCGCGCUCUGCGUUGUAGAAGUCUAUAACGAGAAUGUCCGGGACUUGCUCUCUGGAGGCUCGUCUGACAAUCGUCUCGAAGUGCAUACUGCCAGCAGCCUAGAGUCAGCUCAUGCGUUGCUGAAGAAGGCCCGGGCGAAUCGGGCUGUCGGGCAGAAUAGGUUGAACCCACGCUCAUCACGGUCUCACUUGAUAGUGACAGCCGCGGUGGUGUUGUCACCGCCGCAGCGCAUAGUGGGCCGUGUGUGGUUUGUUGACUUGGCCGGCUCGGAGCGACUGAAGACCUCUGGUGACUGGACCAAUGUGGGGACUCCGCUGAAACGAGCUUCGACUGCUGGCAAUCUGGACCAAUUCCUAUCUGCUGCGAAGUCCGAGAGCUCUUAUAUAAAUCAGAGUCUGACAAGCCUCGGUAAUGUGCUGAGUGGACUACGUGAAAGUUCCGACUGCGAAGACGAUCGCGCACAGCCGUAUAUACCUUACCGCGGUAGCAAGCUUACUUUCCUACUACAGGGUGCGCUAGGUGACAAGGCUAGCAAGGUACUUAUGUUCUCAACGCUUUCUUCCAACCUGAGCGAUCAGUCCGAGACUUUAUCCACGCUCAACUACGCUGGUCGUGCCGCUACGUCUGUGCGGUCGAGCUGUAAUAGGAAGUCGACUACGUCGAAAUGCUCAACGACCCCGGGUCUCAAUGACUCGAAUCUAUAUGGUUUUGGCUGGAAAUUCAGUUGUUUCUAUGUGUUUUAUCGGACAUCUGGUUUGGUCCGAAAGAUGAGUUUUGAGGUUGACUGA